AGUGAAAUGAGCUUAUGUAUCUGUUUUUCUCUCCAUUAGGAUGGCAUUAUCUCUGUCAAGGACAUCGACCUGGUGAUGUCAGAGGGGCUAGGAAUGCGUUACGCCUUCAUAGGUCCCAUGGAAACAAUGCACCUCAAUGCACCUAAAGGUUUGGAAGACUAUAUGAAACGGUAUGGAGAGGGCAUAAGGAGGGUCCUGACCUCUUUUGGGCCUGUUCCAGACUUCUUCGGUGAAGGAGCCAAGAGCAUCGUCAGUGAGAUGUGUGAGCUGAUUCCCAGCGACGAGCAGCAUCUGUCGGCCAGGAUAGAGAGGAGGGACCAGCUCCUCAUGGGUCUGGCAAAGCUGAAGAAGGAGCAUUAAGAUCAGCAUGCAAGGCCCAGAGUCAGGAAAACUUCUGAUUAUCACUGCUGACUGAGGAAAAGUAAUCUUUAAACAUUAGAUUAGAGGGUUUUUUUUGUUAAGUACACUUCUUUUACUCAUUUGAUAACAAUUUAAAUAAAAUGAAUAAUAAUGUAAUAAUAAUAAUAUUUUAAAUAAUAAUAAUGAUGUGCUGGGAGUGAUAAUAAAAAUAUCUUAUUUGUGCCUUAUAAAAUAACUGUGGCUUGUUAACCAGCAGGGAUUCAAUUUAAAACAGUUUUAUCUUUCUGUGUGCAUUUUGAUCUCAACACUGAUCUUGUAGCAAUUAAGGGACUUAAUUAACAGCAACCAUCUGAGUCGGUGCUCCAUGGCAUGUAACGAUCUGCUGUGUAAAUGAAUUCUGUGAAAAAAAUUUGAAAUGAUGUUUUGAUUAAUAAAAAACAAUGCAAUUAUACAUUUAUAUCUUU